AUGAGAAAUAGUAAUGCCUCUAUGGUCCUAAACAUAAUGGAACCUCCAAAUACCCUCCUGCAUGAUAUAAAAGAAGAGGAAGAUAUAGAAAUCACACAGCUCAACACCGAUGACCACAGCUCAACUUCAAAAGAAUUAGUAAUACAUUCAAAUAACUCUUCCCAAUCUCUUCAGAGUUCCGCAAACGAUGAAAAUAUAAGCAUCUCACACUCAAAUACAGAUACAGACACAGAUAUAUCAAACAACCUGAAUAUGAAUCUAAACAUGAAUCUGAAUCUAAAUUUAGAUUUAGAUUUAGAUAUCAAUGAAAACACAAACACUAAUUCAAAGGAUGAACUCUCUUUAUUACCUCCUCUACCAAAGUCAAUAGAACCAGUCCUAACGGCCACAAAUCACGACAUAGAACAUACUUUGGAAAGAGAAAAUAUAGAAAUUAACAACAUCAACAACACAGAUGAUUUGAAAAUAGAAAUCCCAACCAUAGAUAACAAUAUCAACAUCAACAGCUCAGUACAAACUGCAAAAAGCAUUCUAAUACCUUCUCCAAUCAACGACAACAGCACAACAACUACAACAACUACAUCCACAUCUGCAACUACAAACAACAAUAUUAACACAAACAACAUUAACGACAAAAUUAACGAUACCCCAAGCACUUCUAACCUAAUGGAUAACGACAUCGCCGAAACUUCUUUCGAUCUAUCAAAAGCUUUGAAAAUUCCUGUAACUGAUUCAACAAAUACAACAACCUCUUUUGAACAACAGAUUUCAAAUGGCCCAUUAUCACCUAUAAUGUCAAGUCCAAAAAUUUCAUUGAAAAAAAAAUUAUCAAACGUAAUUUUAAAUAACGAUAUCCCAUUCACUACAAACAACAACUCUUUACAAUUAGAUUCCUCACAAUUUCAUAUCACCAAAAAUUCAUCCUCUGUAAGAACUUUGUCAAACAGUAUCAAUGGAAAAGUUAGUCGUUCCAAUUCUCAUUCAAAUUCAAUCAUUAACCAAAAAUUAGAUGGUGGAUCCUCAUCUUCUGCCUCUUCUUUCAACAACAACAACAACAGUAGUGGUAGUAACGGAAAUAUGAAUAGCAACAUCAAAUUAUCACAAGAUUUCGUCCAUGAAUCUCACAGCUUUAUUAAAGAAAGAAUACCUUUACGCAAAGUAAGUACAGGAAGCACAAGCUCAAAUUCAAAUUCAACUUCAACCUCAAGAAAUGAUGAACAAAUUUUUAAAGUCCCUCCAAGUCUUCUACGACAAAGCACAGAAUCAAGAUCAAGAUCAAGCUCAAACGGUAAUAUAAACCUAUCUCUAAGAACAACUCCAUUGGCUUUAGACGGUAUAGGUAUACAAUUAGGCUCAACUCCAAUAAUUCCAAAUUCAAUAACCGCAGGUAUUAAUACACCAACUGUACUAUCUAAUAAUAAUGAAUUGCCAUUAUCGAAUAAAAAAUUACCACUCUUGAGAAGAGCCUCAAGUGCAAUCUUACGGAAAACUUCAAUGAAAAAUAUUGCAGGCACUGAUUUGCAAAAUAAUGCUGAUUCAAUGGAUUUUAACCCUCUAAGAGUUUCAACUACUAUUGACAUCGAUAACCGCUUAACUACUUAUAAUUCAAAUGUCACUCAUAGUGUAACACAGAUAAAUUCAAAUACUCAAGAAAAUAACCAGAAUUCACUUUCAAGACAACCUUCUAUUGGUUCUAGGGUUAAAAAAGGAUUUUCAAGAAUAAUUAGUGGAAACAAUACAAAUAAAAGAGUAGCUUCAAAUUCUAAUGAUGUUUCAAGAGUGAAUUCGAAUUCGAAUUCGAAUUCAAUCGCUUCGGAUCUUUCAAAUGAUAGAAUCGAAUCACCAAUUCCAACAAGAAUCAAAAGUUCCGAUGCUUAUCUAGAAGAUAGGAUAUUAAACUCUGGUAAGGGAAUAACUCCUCUCCUUUCAAGAAGAGUAUCAUCUGCCGGCAAUAAGGGAUAUUCUGCUAAUAACUCAAAUGAAUCUUCUAAUAGAAAGUUUGUUACUUCCAAUAAUGUCACCUCCGGCACUGUAAGAAGAAGAAGUUCUCAACUUGCUCGUUCUGCAAGUGCAAAAAAUAAUGAUGUUACUAGAUCAUCAAGCCGUCAAUCUAAUACAUUGGAAAAAAAUCUACCUAACUUUACAAAAUUCGAUGAAAUUUCCGUAAAUUUAGAAAAACUUACUAAAACUGUGCCAGUGAUAUCAGUAACUGAUGAUUACAAUUCACAAGAUCUAGAGGACAUUAAAAUCCAAUCAAAUAUUAAUUUGGAUGAAGUUUACGAAGAUCCUGAGAAAAAGCAUCCAUCCGAUGUUUCUUCACCGGUCAAAAACGUUUCAUUAAAGGAAUAUAUAAAUAUUUUAAUUGAGCAGCAAAAGAGUGAAGACAAAAGAUUAGCCAGUUUAGAAAAAAAUUUCACUGAUUCUGGCUGGUGUUCAGCAUCAGAUUUAAGAUUAUUAAGACAAAAGAGAAUCAUUACAAACAGAAGAUGGGAUGAAAGAAUUGCGUUUUAUAAAAGUAAACUAGAUACCUAA